UCAGUUUUUCCGAGACCCUCUUUCCUCACAGGCUCGGUUUCAUCUUGCCAUCUGCAGUCGGCCAGUUUCAGUCACAGAAGAGGCCACAUCUGCUUCCUGUAGGCCCCCUGGGCAGAAGCAUGCACUGGUGCCUGCUCCUGAUCUGGGCCCAGGGCCUGAGGCAGGCUCUCCUCCUCGCCUCAGUUACAACAGGCACAUUUGUGAUGAAGGGGAACAUUUCUGCAGAGGAAGGUGGCUCGGUCGUCUUACAGUGUCAUCUCUCUUUCACCAUGGCUGAAGUGACCCAAGUCAACUGGGAACAGCAGGACCAACUUCUAGCCAUUUGUCAUACUGAAUAUGGGUGGUAUAUCAACCCGGCCUUCCGUGAGCGGGUGGCCCCGGGCCCUCACUUUGGCCUCAUUUUCCAGUCACUGACCAUGAAUGACACAGGGGAGUACUUCUGCAUCUAUCACACCUACCCUGAUGGGAUUUACAAGGGGAGCAUCUUCCUGGAGGUCCUAGGAAGCUCAGAGCGCAGCGUCGGGUUCCAGGUCCCAUUGCUUGCAGUGCUGGGGGUCAUCUUCAUAGCAGUCAUCGGGAUGGUGGCAUUGGCUAAAAAGAAGACAUCUUUCAGAAUCCCUUCGGCGGAAAGCGACCUCAGGAGAUCACCCCCUGCAAGCGACCUCAGGAGAUCACCCCCUGCACGGCAGGAGUGGAGCCCCAGCAUCUCCUCGUCCCCUGGAAACUAUGUACUGGCAGGAGCUACCCCUGCUGGCCUCUGCAGUGUGCAGAGGGAAAAUGACUAUGCUGAGCCUCAUGACUACUUUAAUGUCCUGAGUUACAGAAGCCUGGGCAGCUUCAGCUUCCUCACAGAGACUGGUUAGCAAUCCGAGGCAUCUCCCGGGAGAUAUGUUCCUGGCUUUGUAUUAUGGAUGGAUGUGUAAGCCUCUGUUCUCUCCAUCAAUCCUCUCUCUCUGUCUCUGUCUCUGUCUGUGUGUGUGUGUGUGUGUGUGUGUGUUCACUUGAGUGAAUAGAUGUCAUCCUCUUCUCCAUCUUUACUUCCUUUGUCCUUCCCUUACAUUCCCUUAUUGCAGACCAGAAGUGAAUAACUUGCAUCUUGGUCAUGAAUGUGAAUUUAAACAAAACAGAAUAAAACAAAAACCAAAAAACACACACACCCCAAAACCCUUGACCUGGCUUUGCAUCUAGCAUUUUGAGCAGACCCUGUGACUCCAAGAAACACACUCCUCAUGAUAGUGCCACACUAUCCUCAUGAUAGUAUCCAUAAUUUCCAGAUAGGCAGGAUUUUGUGCUCCAGGGUUUGUGGUAGAUGAUGAUAAUGAGACAGGUACAAAGCCACCCUUGUAUCAUGUCUCCUUGUCAUUUUCAUAAAUAUUCAUUCAUUCAAGGCAAUUUAUGAAUGAGACAUAGGUACCAGCCUCUAUGGUGAAGCUCAAGGGUGACUAAACGUUGUCUCUGCCCUUAGGAACAUACAGUGAAAUAGGGAGACAAUAUUUAUAUUAAAAUGUGAUAAGGAGAUGAAGACACAGGAUGCAGGUUUUCAGGAAGAGAUGUCGGUUCUGGGUGAGGUGUUAGCGUGGGUUUAGCUGUGGUGAAGUGGCUUGGGGUACAAAGGGAUCAAUGAGGCUGGACUGGUUGUGGAGGACAAGUUUUGUAGGGAACAGGCAGGAACUAAAGUCUAUGCAGGUAAAAGUUCCAGGCACCAACCAAGGCACCUCAGAUUUUAUUCUCUGGACAGGGAUUCAAGUCUCCUUUUUUUUUUUGUGAUAUAUUCAAAGUCCGAAUGUGAUGGCCUCAUACAGAAGACCCCAGGCUCUUUCAACCCCAUGUGCUGGGAAGCCCCCAGGCAAUAUGUGUCCACUGAAGAAACUGAGUCCUGGCAUCUGGGUCAAGAUACACCUUUUCUGGACCAAUCUACCAGUGAUCCACUGAAAAUAGAACCUGUUUCCCACCAAAAGGAAAAAUCUGGGUAAAGAGGGGGUAGAUAAGAGUAUGUGGGUGAUAAAAGGUUUCAAAAGUAAACACCAUUAAACUGGCUUCUUUGAACACUUUUAUCUACUCCCGGACUUCUUUGUGUCAGGGAUGGGGCAUCUGAGCAGUUCAUUUCUGUUGAACUGUAUUUAAACCAAAUUUAAAAGACUUGAUCCUUCUACCAACUCUUCGAGGGAAUUACCAGUGAAUGAUUUCCUUUCACGGCACUGGAAUUGAGAGAGACUGUGAAACAAGGCUGUCUCUCAUCAACGGCUAAAACAAAGAAACAGCCUGGGGUUAAACAAAAAGACAGUUCAACUCCUAUUCCUCCUUAUAUUUGUAUUUUUCUCACCUUCCUUCCAAAUGGGUUUGUAGUCAGAAGCAGUGGAUUGAAAUCUGUCCCAAGCUCUGGUCCUUUAGAAGAGAGAUAAGUAUAAAAUGCUGUUGUUUUCUGUGGCAAUUCACAGUAUUUUUCUUGCAGAACUAGGAAUGAAAAUUGGUUGGGAGUAGAACACAAUUCAUGAAUUAGAGAUGAACUAAAAUGAGAUGACAGAGAGGGAGUGGUGCUUCGAUUUGGAGGAGCUGUAUAUCGAGCGAAGGUUGGACUGAGAGUUGGUCCUUACUUAACAUAGUUUUGGUCAUUGGGAGAUAUUUCCAAACCAUUGAGAUGGUGAUAAAAUUCCAAAGAUGCUGGAAAUGGUCAGACUACCAAAUGAGAUUCAGUUGGAUAGAAAAUCAAUUUCAAAAUAUAAUUCACUAAACUAGAUUGUCCUCUGAGAACACAAUCCCUCACAGAUUCCUGGGGACAUGUGAUGUCUAGGACAGUAGCCAUUUUCCAUGUGUAGCCGUCCACUCUUGAGGGAGGUUAAUCCAACCUGGGAUGAGCUGUGCGCAUAAAACACAUGCCCAAUUUUGAAGACAAUAAGAAUCAUAAAAAUAUAAACUAUCUCAUUUGUAAUUUAAAAACAUCGAUUACAUGUCAAAACAAUAACAUUUUGGAUUUAUUGGGCUAAAUAAAAUGUAUUAUUAAAAGUGA